AUGAAUAUCAAUGAGCCCAGGCAGGGGAGGGCAUUCGCCAUACCCUUCACGAAGGCUGCCAACCCUACCGCCGAGCUGGAUGAUAAGGAACUUCGUCUUCCAUAUCUGAAGGGGCUGCCCGAUAAUAUCCGUAAUCACUUCAUCGCCAUGUGCGGUGAGUAUGUUGGCACUGUUCUCUUCCUCUGGUUUGCCUUGUCAGGAACCCAGGUCGCCAACAGCAUUCCGUCAACGGGAGGACAGACCGUGGCAGAAGCAGGCGCGAAUCCUCAGCAGCUACAGUAUAUCGCUCUCUGCUUUGGUUUCUCAUUAGCUGUCAAUGCUUGGGUCUUCUUCCGCAUCUCAGGUGGACUUUUCAACCCUGCUGUCACUCUCGGCAUGUGCUUAAUCGGUGCGCUGCCUUGGAUCCGUGGAUUUUUGUUGUUCUUCGUGCAGAUUCUAGGUGGUAUCACUGCUGCUGCACUGGUCACUUGCAUGUUCCCUCAUGAUGGAGUAAUCAACGUGCGCACCUCUCUCGGCGGCAACACCUCAGUCGUCCAAGGGCUCUUCAUUGAAAUGUUCUUGACUGCCCAGCUUGUCUUCACUAUCUUUAUGUUGGCAGCUGAGAAGCACAAGGGUACCUUCAUUGCCCCAGUCGGCAUUGGCCUUGCCCUCUUUAUUGCCGAGUUGACUGGCGUCUACUUUACUGGCGGCUCCCUCAACCCCGCUCGUUCCUUCGGGCCUUCAGUUGUCAACCGUACAUUUAAUACUUACCACUGGAUCUACUGGCUUGGACCUAUCCUUGGCGCCAUUGUUGCGGCCGGCUUCUACAAGUUCAUCAAGAUUCUUGAGUACGAGACUGCCAACCCAGGUCAAGACAGCGAUCGCGCCGCCCAUGUCGAGAGGAGGAAGAAGCUGUUGCUCGCUGCUGGUAUCAACGAGUACGACGCGCACAAGGUCGCCGAAGAGCUCACCGAGAAGUCUGUCGUUGCCACGGCUGAUGGGCCCGACGGUACUAUCGUCGCGAACGGUCAGGGACGCAGUGACCACCCCGUCGACGCGCAAGGCAUGUACGGCACGCAGUUCCGCCGCCCAUCGACGCAAUCCUCAAUCCAUAGCAAGCGCACGUCCGAUAAGCAGGACGGCAAAUUCGAUGCUCCGUAUCAACCUCAGCGCCCACAAGCCACGACCACAGGCAGUCAGAUCGGACGCUUCAGUUAUCUUGGCGAUCGCGGUGCGGCGCCGGGCAACCCAGCAAAUGUCCACGCUCUCGCGGUGGAGACCAGGAUGGACUCACCGGCGAUGACGACGAACGAUCAGCUUUAUGCUCCGCUUGCGCAUGGUACUGAUGUCCCGCUCGGUGGUAACGUGCAUCCCGAAUCUAGGCAAAGGUUUGGCAGGACGCCGUCGAGCUACGCUUAG